CAUGCCUUGCUUCUUUCGUGAGCUCAUUCUUCCCUUUAUAUAAGUACUGCUCAUUUUUAUGUUCUGACAGUCAUUGGCAUGAAAAAUGGAGAAGCUUAAGAACUCUACAAUCUUAACCACCUGCCUUUUUCUCUUCCUCCUUGCCAAACCUAGCUUUUCUAAAGGUGGAUCGGAUUUGAUGGAUACUGACGUUUAUGAGAUUGAUUAUAGAGGUCCGGAGACACACUCAUCAGUUCCGCCGCCUCAUCAUUAUCAUGGGAAGAAGCCUAAGCCAUUGAUUCACAAAGAAAACGCCAUGGCAACCCCAAAACCUGAGAGCAUUAAAGCUGCUAAGAUGGGAAGAAAGGUGAAGAAAGUACAUGAAUGAAGAAAGUCAUCUGGACAGUGGGAGUGUUAAUUUUGGUUCGCAAUUUGUUCCCUUUUAGUAUUUUAGAUUUCAAUAUGAACAUGUAUUAAUAUAGGCGAUGAAUAUAUAGCAAUCUUUUAAAAAUUUUAAUUUUAUCGCCUUUGUGUAAAUGAAGGACUCCAAGAUCUUAUAUAUGCCCGGAACAAUGAAUAUAAUUAUCGUUGUAACUAUCA